UGGAGGUAUGUGGGGAGGCGCUUGACACGGUGAUCGUGGUUCUGCCAUACACCAGUGAUGUUCUGAAAAGUGUGCUAGACUCGAGAUGAGAACUCUGUAGAGGGCAUUGGUUACUUGCCGAUAUUAAGAGACAUGACAUGACAUGAACUCUGAGGAGCUUCAGAAACCAGUGGAGCGAUAUGUGCAUAUAAGGAGAAGCAGAAGCAGAAAACGUGUCCAAAGGUGGUGUCCAGAAGAGCAGUGUGAAUAGACACGGAAGUGGCAUCUAUGGAUACAUAUAUAUGUAUGGGUUGAAGGUAACGUACCAUUGUCUUCACCACCACAACUCAAGCCACUGUGUCACCAGCAUGGCCACGAAACAUACAAAAAAAUCACUUGGUCUGAGCAUGUCUGCUCAUCUUCGGUCUUUUAGCUCCUUGUUUACUCCUUAUUCCACUGUGUGGCAUCGAAGGAGGAGAGAACUGAAGCUGCUUUGGUCACCGGUUUUCCCCUCCUGUACUAGUACGGCUCCUAUCUCUUCUUCUCAGCAAGGUCAUGUCCUAUUAGUCGCAUCUGCAGGCCCUUGCGAACAAGCAUUAUCACCAGCUGAUUGCCAUUCCUCUUCCCCUCGCGGCACCGAUAACAGUGGUAUCAGAAACAAGGAACGGAGGAGGAGGAGGCCGCGGAAGAGGAAGGAAACAGCCAAAGAAGGAGCGCGUGUGCUAUCAGAGGAGGAAGUGUCGACUAGGAUGGUGAAGCUCUACCAGAGUGGUGACCCCCUUGGGCGGAAGGAGUUGGGCCGACUGGUGGUGCAAUGGCUAAAGCAGGGCAUGCACUUAAUGGCCUCCAAAUUCGCUUCCUCAGAGAUACAAGAUGAUGGGGCAGAAUUGUCAUUAGAUGGGGGAUCGUCAGAUGGCCAAAUGGGGUUUGUGAUCCAGGCACAGCCAUACCUCUCUGCCAUUCCCAUGCCCAAGGGACAGGAGGCACUCUGCUUCAAGGCCUCCACACACUAUCCCACCCUCUUUGACAACUUUCAGCGAGAACUCCGUGAUGUUCUGUUGCAACACCAGAAUGAGGGCCUUAUCACUGACUGGUGCUCCUCACAAUCCUGGAUGCUUCUGAAAGAACUGGCUAAAUCUGCUGAGCAUCGGGCAGCUGCACGCAAAUCUAAAACUCCUGUUAUGCACAGUACCCUUGGCAUAAGCCUGAACAAGACAAGGCUGAUGCAGACCAAAAUAGAUGACUUCGUUAAAAAGAUGACAGACCUUCUAGACAUAGAGCGAGAUGCAGAACUGGAAUUUACUCAGGAAGAGUUGAAUGCCACUCCACUGAUGGAUGGUAAGUCAAAGCAGCCAGUCCAGUACUUGGUAACUCAUGGUCAGGCACAAGAGCAGUGUGACACCAUUUGCAAUUUGAAAGUUAUCAGCAGUGCAACUGGGUUAACAGGCCUACAUCUGGUCUUAUUUAGAGUUGAGGGAAGUCACAAACUUCCUCCCACUAGACUCUCUCCUGGAGACUUGGUUUGUGUGAGAACAUGCAAUAGCCGGGGUGAGGUUGCCACUUCUUGCGUGCAAGGCUUUGUCCAUAAUCUCGGUGAGGAUGGAUGCAGCAUUACAGUGGCAUUGAAAUCCCGCCGCGGUGAUCCUACAUUAUCCAAGUUUUUUGGGAAAAGUGUGCGGAUUGAUCGGAUACAGGCAUUGGCUGAUGCACUCACUUAUGAGCGCAAUUGUGAAGCAUUGUUGCUUCUUCAGAAGAGAGGUUUGCAGAAAAGAAAUGCAUCCAUUGGGGUAGUAGCCACUCUGUUCGGAGACAAGGAAGAUGUGAUAAGUCUGGAGCAAAAUAAUUUGAUCAACUUAGGUGAAUCGGAAAUGCGUGAUGAUGGUUUCUUGGGGAGGUACAACUACAACUUUGAUACCUCUCAAUCAAAGGCUCUUGCACUGGCCUUGAACAAGAAGAGGCCUGUCCUAGUCAUCCAAGGGCCUCCUGGAACCGGCAAAACUGGUUUGCUUAGCUAUCUUAUUGCAUGUGUUGUCCACCGAGGUGAACGUGUCCUAGUAACAGCUCCUAGCAAUGCAGCGAUUGAUAACCUAGUGGACAAGUUAUCAAGUACUGGACUGAACAUUGUACGAGUUGGAAACCCUUCUAGGAUAUCUCCAUCUGUUGCAUCAAAGUCCUUGGGAGAGAUUGUUACCAGGAAGCUUGAGGAAUUCACUGAAGAGUUUGAGAGGAAAAAAUCUGACUUGAGAAAGGACUUAAAGCAGUGCAUACAGGAUGACUCUUUAGCUUCAGGUAUUCGUCAACUAUUAAAAAAACUUGGAAAGGACUAUAAGAAGAAAGAGAAGGAAACAAUCAGGGAGGUUCUUUCAAAUGCUGAGGUGGUCCUAUCAACUAAUAUAGGGGCAGCUGAUCCUCUUAUCAGGAGAAUUGGUUGCUUUGACCUGGUAGUUAUAGAUGAAGCUGGACAAGCAAUUGAGCCCGCAUGCUGGAUCCCUAUAUUACAAGGAACGCGUUGCAUUCUUGCUGGUGAUCACCGUCAGCUUGCACCUGUAGUAUUAUCAAGAGAGGCUAUGGAAGGUGGGCUAGGAAUGUCUUUAUUGGAAAGGGCUUCAUCGUUGCAUGAUGAACUACUCACUACAAAGUUAACGAUGCAAUACAGAAUGCAUGAUUCAAUAGCUAGUUGGGCAUCGAACGAGAUGUAUGGCGGGUUGGUCAAAUCCUCCCCAUCUGUCGCUUCUCGCCUUCUUGUUCAUUAUCCAUUUAUCAAGGUCAGUUGGAUGACUCAGUGUGCCUUGAUUUUACUUGAUACUCGAAUGCCAUAUGGAAGUCUAAAUAUUGACUGCGAAGAGAGUUUAGACCCAGCUGGUACAGGUUCAUUUUAUAACAAUGGUGAAGCGGAUAUAGUUGCACAGCAUGUUCUCAAUCUUGUGCAAUGCGGUGUCUCUCCAACUUCCAUUGCUGUUCAGUCCCCUUACAUUGCACAAGUACAAUUGUUACGGGACAGGCUUGAAGAACAUCCAGCGGCUUCUGGAGUUGAGAUUUCAACCAUAGAUAGCUUCCAGGGUAGGGAAGCAGAUGCAGUUGUCAUAUCAAUGGUUCGGUCGAAUUCCUUGGGAGCAGUAGGGUUCCUUGGCGACAGUAGGCGGAUGAAUGUGGCCAUUACAAGGGCAAGGUCACACUGUGCAGUGGUGUGCGAUAGUUCUACUAUUUGUAAAAAUGCUUUCCUGGCGAGGCUCCUUCGCCAUAUCCGGCAGCACGGCCAAGUCAGACAUGUGGAACCGGGUUCCUUGGAUGGAGAUUCAGGCCUUGGAUUUAAUCCACCAGCCUUGCCCUCCUUAGGUUAGUGAUAACUUGCCACGAAAUGCUACACACUGAAUGUUGUGUUCCUUGGACAGACAUUCUGUAACAUACUGGAUGCCUGAUAGUGGGUCUCCUGUAACUGUAAAUGUUGUGUACUGAAUGUUCAAUUACAGUGACGUAUAGCAAAUGAAAUUUCACAAUUGAGGAAUAUAGAAGUUAACUCGUGGUCUGUAAAUUUCUCAAUGAAAUUCAUGGGGACCAAGUGGAAAUUUCUUAAAUAAAUAUCAUUUACCUCUUUCUUUCU